AUGCGUUGGGAAGAAGCUGGCCAUCAGUGUGGAAAGUUUUCUCCCAGCUUAAUAGAUCCAGAAAGCCUGUGGAUUGUGGUGCGGAGUCAUUCCUCAGCCAGGGCGAAGGAAGAAGCCAGGAGCAGAUGGGCCUGUGAGAAGGCUGAACUUUUGGAGGUGCUGGAGGCCAGAGUGAAACAGCUGCAGGCUGACAAUGUCUGCGAGGUGGUGGCCCCCGAGGCUCAGGAGGCCCCGUCAAGGAAGAGCGGCUUUUCUAAGGCUGCCCCGUGGAAAGGGGCUGCCCCGAUUCAGAAAGCGCCCGCUCCAAAGCACGAGGACAGGGGCACUUCCCACCCCAGCCGCUGGAUGGAGAAGCUGAACAAAGAGAAAUCCAUCAAACACAAGCGGCUCUUGAGACUCGAGGCCAAGCUGUUGGCUGCCAGUCCCAGGACAAAACCGACUAAAAGGGACAAAGCUGCCCAAGGGGAGGAGAGCCCCCCGAAAAGGCCCACGGGCGGAAGGCCCAACAGUCCGGGAAAGUGUCAAGCCCCCAAGGAAACCAAAAGUCGCCGUAACGUCCCCAGUGCGGGUCCUUUAGAGGGCAGUCGUGGUACCUCUGAAGGGCCGGAGGAGCAGGCUCGGAUCUGGGAGGAUGCUGGGGAGAGGCUGCCCCUGGAAGAGGAAGAAGAAAGACGGCAUGUAAACAUCCGACUCAGCAUCUUGGCCUACCUGGACUGCUGCCUCUUUCUCGGCCAGACGGAGAGAGCUCAGCAGUGCCUAAUGUUCUACCACCGGUCCCACUCCAGGAGGAAACUGCUGGACAUACAGAUGUACAACUGUCUCAUGCGUGGAUAUGCCAAGAAGGGUGCCCUGAGCCAAGUCGGCCAGCUCUUCCAGCGGCUAGAUGAGGCGGGGCUGAAGCCCAACCUGGAGUCUUAUGUCGCGGCGCUGGAGUGCAUGGGCCGGUCCAACGUCAGCCCAGAAGUCAUUGCCAGGUGUCUCCAGCAGCUCAAGGCUGAUGGCAUCCAACUAGAGGACCUCUGGAAAGAUUCCCAGCAUGAGGAGGACGGAGUGAAGAUGGCACUGAAGGCCAUCCGGAGGGUUAAGCCGGACUUCGAGCCACCAUCACCUGUCCGCCCAGCCGACAUCUGUACGGUUCCCCUCUUCAAGGACUUCUACACAAAGGAGAAGCCCGUUUCUUACCCCAAGCUGGAAUUCACAGCCCAAGAGCUACGCGAGCGGUUUCGGGAGCAGCUGCAGCUGGAGGCAUCCAACAUGGUCACCAUCGACUCUGUGGAGGCAGACAAGCCCCUGACGGAACAGGCCGUCAAAGCGCGGGAGCUCCUGGCUGUGCUCCGUUCCCGGUGGCGGGCGGCCCUCCUGCAGAGUUUCCAGGAGACCAAGCUCCGCCUGGGCCAGAGGACGUUGGGGCAGCUGAGCUUGUAUCCUUUCCUGUGUGUGUUGAAGAAUGAAGAGUACGUGGACAUCUUGAUACGGGGCAUCUCCAGCCUCCCGCCACAGGGAGAAUCCCUCCUGAUCUUGGCAAGGGAACUUGGCACCAAGGUCUACAACAAGUACGUCAUGCAGAAGAAAUCCUGGAGCCGUCUGGUGGAGAAGAUCCAACACGUCUACGACAGUUACGCCCAGCUGUUGGCGAAGGACACUCCGCCGGACCAUUACCUGCCGCGGGAAUAUUGGGAGCAGCUGGAGGCGGAGGCCGGCUACGGCUCAUCCCUGGUCGCCCAGGAGUGCGUCUGGCCCCACUCUCUGCUGGUGCAACUGGGCCUCCACCUGGUUGAGCUCCUGGUGCAGGUCCUCAAAAUGGAGAGCAACCUUCUCACCCCGGGCCUGGAGCCGAAACUCAUCCCCAUCCUCUACCACGUCUACUCUUUCCGCAGCGGCCGCCAGAUCGGGUUCAUCAGACCCCACCCCAUCCUGACCCGGCUCGUCUCUGAGGCUGCCGAGACCACCCUCACCUUCGACUCCUUUGUCAUCCCCAUGCUGUGCCCGCCGGUGCCGUGGGUCUCUCCUUCCUUCGGCGCUUACAUCCUCAACCCCACCAAGCUCAUGCGCUGCGUGGACGGGGCGGUACAGCACCAGCUGCUUCUGGAGCGGUGCCCCCGCGGGAACCUCUUUUCAGUCAUGGACGCGCUCAACCAGUUGGGCAACUGCCCGUGGAAGGUCAACCGGGCCAUCCUGGACAUCGUGAUCUCCAUUUUCAACGACAAAGGGAACGAGAAGCUGGAUGUCCCGCCCCCGCCUUCCGAAGCCCCCCAGCCCACCAGGCUUGCUCUCGGAGGCGCCCCCUUGACCAAGUCCGCCUUGAAGCGCGAGAUGGCCCAGUGCCGCAAGAAAGCCAUGGAGAUGUUCAGCCUGCGCAUGGACACCCUCUACAAGCUGUCCAUCGCCAGGCACAUGGGCGACCAGGCCUUCUGGUUCCCCCACAACAUGGACUUCCGCGGGAGGACUUACCCCUGCCCACCUCACUUCAACCACCUGGGCAACGACCUCACGCGGGCCAUCCUCGUCUUUGCCGAGGGGAAGCCGCUGGGCCCGCGGGGCCUGGAUUGGCUGAAGAUCCACCUCAUCAACCUCACUGGGCUGAAGAAGAAGAGCUCCCUGCAAGACAGGCUGGCCUACGCCAACGAGAUCAUGGAGGACGUCCUGGAUUCAGCAGACCGCCCGCUGACGAGCUCCUCUGUUCUAUGCGAGGGUCAGGGAUUCCAGGCACUGGGGGGCCGGGGAGUGAGGGAAGCUGAGGAAAGUUUGGCUAUUUGGCUGGCGUACCGUCUGCCUUAUGCACCAGCAGAUACCCUUCUGGACCUGUUGGAGGCAGUAUCAAGCCGGGCAUUGGAGUACCCUAGACUACGAGUCCUGGGCGACUUCAGUGUCCGUGCCUCCUCCUCUCAGGCCGUGGACCUCGCGUCGUCCGUGGCAGCACUGGGGCUCUCCCGGAUUGGAACAGCUCCCACACACCAAGCAGGCCACACGCUGGAUCUUAUUUUGGAGAUGGGGAGGAAUGUGGAUCCGAUGAUGAUUGAUGUAGUGCCACAGUCGGACCACUUUGCCCCGAAGGCCCGGCUGAGCAUCCCACGCCCCUCCCGGUUUAGGGGUGAGCUGAUUUAUGCUCACCCACAGAGACUGAUGGAUCCAAGUGGACUCCAGAAUGCUCUGUGGGAACGGAUACCCCCUGGCAGUUCGUUAGAUGAGCUGGUGGAGGAUUGGGCCAGCCAACUCUCCAAAGCAAUUGACGAGAUUGCCCUCCUGUGGCCUCUUCGCCCUCCGGUGCCCGUCCCAAAACAACCAGCCCCGUGGUACAACCCGGAGCUGAGGAGGCUGGAAUGGGAACCGAGACGGCUUGAGAUCCCUCAGCUCUGUACCCGGGACAAAAACACAACGAUCCAGAUCAGCAUCCGGGAGUUCGUGUGGGAAGCCUCUCACUACCUGGUCCAGCAGGUCUUCAACAGCCUCAGGGAGAUGUUCUCCGGCACUCGGGAGAUACAGGGCUGGCUGACGGAGAGCGCCCGCCACAUCGCCAAGAGUGGGCGGACCGUGGAGUGGGUGACUCCCCUGGGACUGCCCAUCGUCCAGCCCUACCAUCGCUCCAAGACGACCCAGGUGAAUAGCAGCAUGCAGACGGUCAACCUGAAAUCCCGCCACGAUGCCAGCCAGAAGCCUGACACGGUGAAGCAGAAAAAUGCCUUCCCACCCAACUUCAUCCAUUCCUUGGACUCGACGCACAUGAUGUUGACGGCUCUGCAUUGCCACAGGCGGGGGCUGACCUUCGUCUCGGUCCACGACUGCUACUGGACUCACGCGCUCACUGUGGACAUCAUGAAUCAGGUAUGCCGAGAGCAGUUUGUGGAGCUCCACAGCCAGCCCAUCUUGCAGGACCUGUCCAAGUUCAUGCUGCAGAAAUACUGUGCCAAAUCGCCGACUCAGUGGAGGGGCAAGGCGGCCCUGGAGUACCGUCGGCUGGUGCAGUUGCUGUCCAAAGUUCCCAAUAGCGGUGACUUCGACCUGCAGAAGGUGAAGGAAUCCACUUACUUCUUCAGCUGACCUCUGCUGCUGUUCCCCGCGUUCUGCCUGCGUGGCCCAGCCUGGGUCUAGAACGGGCCUCGCGGUCUCACCGGGGCCAGGAACAAGGGGCUGGUCCCUCCCACCAUUCCCUGCAGCCCAGGCUCGGCCUCCCCGGAGAACUGCUGCCGCGCCUGUUCUCGGCUGCCGGGAGCAGCGGAGUCCUGCUGUGAGCCCCAUGUGUGUCAAGAGCACCCUUGUUCCCUUGUGUGGUGGAGGGGGCUGACGGCAUGAGGGGCCAUUGCACAUUGGGCCCGGGAGCGUGGUGGUGGUGCCUGCCAACAGAGGUGUGUCUGUGUGUGCCCAAGUGAAAGAAACUGGCCGUUGGGUCUUGUCUUCCGCAGGUCUUCUGCGGCGCCGUGUUUUUGCCUUGUGUUUUCCUGCCUCCUCCAGAGGAAGUUGGGGCUGUAGCCCAGGCAGACUUCCUUCAAGGACUUCUCCCUUCCUUUGGUUUUCGCUGUGGUCCGGGGGCUGCAGUCCUCGAGCCACCAGCUGCCCCCCUUGCAGAUUCCAUGCUUGGGGAGGGAAGGGGGCCCCACCUGGCUGCACUCUGUCUCUCCUGCCUGGAAUCCUCUGUCCUCCCAUCAGGACGGCAUCAUGGGGGGGGGGGGAGCUCUGCUUGGGAAAUGACCCUGGGAAUGUCUCUUCUUGGGGCAAAUCUAGAAGUCUGAUCUGCCUCCCACAGACAAAAGACCACAAAGCAUCUUGUGAAAUCGAGCUUGGCUGCCAGGGGCAAGCCUGGGUGAGCCACUGGCCCCUGCUGUCCCCCCCCCCUUAAAGAGGUCCUCCGGGGGGGAAAGAAUUGCUGGCCAGGCGUCGUAAGGAUUCAUGCUUACACAUUGGGGAAAGGGAGCUUCCUUCCUGUGCAGUUCUGGUCUGCCGACUGACGCAGUCCUCCACCCCCCCAGCUCCAGAUACUCGGGUGGGCCCUUCAUCCAACGGGGCCCCCCCAUCCUGGGAGGAGCGUUCAGGGAUGGCGCUUUCCCCUUCUUUCGAGAGUAAGUGUGGGUCAGUCCCUGAGUUUCCCCUGAGGGGAUAUCCUUCCCUUUCCCCUCUGCUAGUUGCUGUUUCAAC